AUGUGGCUCUUAAUUUUCUUAGUCUGGCUGGUGAUUUGGCUUGGGGGCAGUUACUGGUACCUGUUUGGGAAGCCGAGUCCGUUCUCCCUGGAGUCUGUGAGGCCGCCCGGACCUCGAGAGUUUAACCAGAAGAAGAGAGACAAAGUCAUCAAGCAAGGUUUCACGCUGGAGAAGGUGCCCCGGAACCUGGAUGUCAUAGUGAUCGGCAGCGGGAUCGGCGGGCUGACGGCUGCAGCCACGCUGGCCAAAGCCGGCAAGAGAGUCCUGGUGCUGGAGCAGCAUGACCAGGCCGGAGGCUGCUGCCACACCUACAUCGAGAAAGGCUUCGAGUUUGAUGUCGGGCUGCACUACAUCGGUCAGGUCCAUGAGAACAGCCUGCUGCGGAUCGCCUUCGACCAGAUCUCUGAGGGUCAGCUGGAGUUCCAGGAGCUCAACCAGCACUUCGACACCAUCCAGAUCGGCCUGGGCGACGAGAAGCGAGAGUACACUAUCUUCUCUGGUAAAACGGAGAUGAAAGCUCAUCUGCAGAAGCAAUUCCCCGAUGACACAGAGGCCAUCGAGACCUUUUUCAAGAUAAUGAAGGUCUCAGCGAAGAAGACUCACUACCUGGCGACUCUGAAGCUGAUCCCACAGUGGGUGUCUCUGUUCCUGCUCAAGUCCGGCAUCGGGAACCUCGUCACGUCGGUGUUCCGCCUCUCUGGCACGUGUGCAACAGAUCUGGUGAACACACUGACCAGCAACAAGGAUCUGCAUAUCAUCUUCUCUUAUCUCUUCUAUGGCGUGCCUCCGAAGGACUCCAGUAUCCUCAUCAACUCCCUACUGAUCCAUCACUAUAAACGAGGAGCUUACUACCCCAAAGGUGGAGCCAGUGAGAUCGCCUUCCACAUCAUCCGCACCAUCCAGAAGUACGGAGGAAACUGCCUGGUCAGAGCUCCCGUCUCCGGGAUCCUGGUCAACGAGAAAGGAGCCGCUUAUGGUGUGAAGGUGAGGAAAGGUCAGGAGGAGGUGGAGGUUCAUGCACCUGUGGUGGUUUCAAACUGUGGCAUCUUCACCACCUUCCAGAAACUUCUGCCGCCUGAGAUCCAAGUCAAGACAGACGUUCAGGAGAGGCUGAACAUGAUGAAACACGGCAGAGGAUCCUUCCUGGUCUUCUCUGGCUUCGAUGGCACUGAGGAGGAGCUCGGCCUCGAGUCCACAAACUUCUGGCUGUUCAAAAACAACGACAUGGACAAAUCGAUGGAAGAUUUCUUUGCACUGAGCAAAGAUGAAGCACCAGAUAAUAUCCCCAUGAUGUUCAUCACCAUGCCAUCAGCCAAAGACCCAGAAGCCAAACUAAGACACCCUGGUAAAUCUUGCAUGACGAUACUGACAAUGGUGAAGUACGAGUGGUUCGAGGAGUGGACGGACACUUCGGUGCGCAAGAGGGGCGACGAAUACUACAACUACAAGAUGAGAUUUGCUAAGAACCUCUUCGACUGGGCCUGCACUCUGUUCCCUAAAAUCAAAGACAAGUUGGUGUUCCAGGACGUGGCGACCCCGCUGACCAACAUGCACUACCUGGGCUCCCAGCGCGGAGCCAUGUACUCCGCUGAGCACAACCUGGACCGGUUCCAGGCCGAGGCUGUGGCCAGGAACAGGUGCAACACCCCUGUCAAGAACCUCUACAUGUCAGGUCAGGACGUGUUCAGCUGUGGGAUAGCCGGCGCUCUGCACGGCGGCCUCCUCUGCGCCUCGGCCGUGUUGGACCACAUCGUCUACAUCGACCUGCUCUUCCUCAAGAAGAAGCUGAAGAAGAGGAAAGCCAGAGAGCUGGCCCAGCUGGCCCUGAAGAAGCUGCAGUGAGAGGAGAAGAGCACUCUCUACUUCCCCUGCAGGACAACAGUGGAACUGCACAUACCAGGAGCAGGAGGACCCUCUCAUGAUGACAACAUGGUCCCACAUCUAUUUUAUAAAGCGUGCACAUGCUGAUGCUAAUCCAGAUUAAUCUUGUGUUCCUCGUGGAUCAUUCGGUCUCUGCCAUCAUACGAGACGGACCAGUUUGAAUCGACUACAGUACAUAGAUUACUGGUUCACUCAUAAAAAGUCUGUAUUUUUGCAUUAUAUUUUUGGGCUUUUUGAUGAGGUUGUUCUCUUUGCUUGACAUUGGUGCACUGGAGUCAUAAUCUGCCACAGACUGAAGGGUCGUCCACACCAAGAACGCCAACUAUCGUUACAAAUACCAAACAGUUAUAAUUUAUUGCAUCCCAGAUGUUCUUCUUCUGCAUACAUUCUGUAUAAUUUUUUAUUUUUUUUAACCAAACGGGAGUUAUAUUUGUGGUGUGCACCAUUCACUUGAGUUAAAAUAAUCUUAAAGAAAACAUAUCUUUAGCUAUCUUUAUUUAUGGUUAUCGUUGUUGGUGUGGGAGUCCCUUUAGAGAAGAUUUUGGCAACAAUUUAUAAUAAUUUAUUUAAGUGGAAGGCCCCAAAUAGAGCAUCUGAUCCUUCUCAAUGCUCAUAAUGGACAAUAUUCUGACUGGAAUAAACUGUAGCUUAAUGGUUUGUUUUCUAUUUAUUCGAAUAUCUUUAAAAUUGUACAAAAUUCUAAUAAGCCUGCAGUGCUUUUCUUAUUGUGACUGAGUGCACAAAAAGAUCACGAAUAUACUUAUAAUUUUAUUGUAAAUGUAAAAUUAUGUUACUCAAUUUCUAUAUUUAACCUAUAUUGCAAUCAUCACAGUGGCUGUAUCAGGGAACUCAUUCACUUCACCUCAACAAAUACUUAUACUUAAUUAUUAUUUGUAAUGUUGCAUUAUACUGCACCAACUGUAUUGAUUUUUACAGCCUGUUUGUGAUGUACAGAAUGUACAGAUUGUUUUUCUUGAUGUAGAGUUUCACAGCUCGGUUUGUUUGUGUAUUACGUGAAAAAUGCAUAUUUGUAUUUUUGGCUGGACAUGUCCAAUAAACUCGA